AUGAAGCUCAAAGAAUUAGAGUCUCAUUUAAGUCAUGUUGAAAAUUUCUCCAAUGCUAAAGAAUAUCUUGAACAAUAUAUGACAACACCACAUCUUGCUGCUCGAAUGAUUUAUACAGCUCAAACUCAAUAUGAUGAUAUUGAAAAUCAUUUAUUAAUUGAUUUAGGUAUUGGUACAGGAAUGUUAUCAAUAGCAUCAUGUCUUCUUAAUGCUGAUCAUAUAUUUGGAUUUGAUUGUGAUAUUGAUGCUUUAAAUUUAUGUCAAUCAAAUAUAAAAGAAUUUGAACUUGAAUCUAAUAUUGAUUUAAUUCAAGCUGAUUUACGACGUAUUCGUUUACCUGUAGAUUUACAUCGUAUUAUAGCAGAUACAGUUAUUAUGAAUCCACCAUUUGGCACAAAACCAUUUUCAAGUUCAACAGAAAAUCAAGAUGAAUUAUGUUUAACUGGUAUUGAUAUGCAUUUUUUACAAUAUGCAAGACAAUUAGCACGACAUUCAAUUUAUAGUUUACAUAAAACAAGUACAAGAGAUCAUAUUUAUAAAAAAGCUAAAGAUUGGAAUAUGAAUAUGGAUGUAUUAGCUGUUUUACAAUUUGAUAUUCCAAAAUUAGAAAAAAAAAGAUCAAAUCGUAAAACAUCAACAGCUAGUAAUGCACCAUUAAAAUCUAUUGAAGUUGAUUUUAUUCGUUUUGAAAUAAAAGAUAAUACUGACGAUUGA